CGCGGGGAGCGCUCCAAGAUGGCGCCCACCGCAGUCCCGCCCGCCGCAGCCUCGGCGCCUCUGCAGUCCGGCCGCGCCUCCCGGGCCCCGCGCUAGGGCCGCCGUUGCCUCCCUCGCCGCCGCUGCCAGCUGACCUGUCCCGGACGCAGCAUAACUAACGAAGCUGCUGCAGGAUGAGAAGAUGGCAGCGCGGCUGCUCGCACCACCAGGCCCUGAUAGUUUCAAGCCUUUCACCCCUGAGUCGCUGGCAAACAUCGAGAGGCGCAUUGCCGAGAGCAAGCUCAAGAAACCGCCCAAGGCCGAAGGCAGUCACCGGGAAGACGAUGAGGACAGCAAGCCCAAGCCAAACAGUGACCUGGAGGCAGGGAAGAGUCUGCCUUUCAUCUAUGGGGACAUCCCACAAGGCCUGGUCGCAGUUCCCCUGGAGGACUUUGACCCAUACUAUUUGACGCAGAAAACCUUUGUAGUAUUAAACAGAGGGAAAACUCUCUUCAGAUUUAGUGCCACGCCUGCCUUGUACAUUUUAAGUCCUUUUAACCUGAUAAGAAGAAUAGCUAUUAAAAUUUUGAUACAUUCAGUAUUUAGCAUGAUCAUUAUGUGCACUAUUUUGACCAACUGUGUAUUCAUGACUUUUAGUAACCCUCCUGAAUGGUCGAAGAAUGUGGAGUACACAUUCACAGGGAUUUAUACAUUUGAAUCACUAGUGAAAAUCAUUGCAAGAGGUUUCUGCAUAGAUGGCUUUACCUUUUUACGGGAUCCGUGGAACUGGUUAGAUUUCAGUGUCAUCAUGAUGGCAUAUGUGACAGAGUUUGUGGACCUGGGCAAUGUCUCAGCGCUGAGAACAUUCAGGGUUCUCCGAGCUUUGAAAACUAUCUCUGUAAUUCCAGGCCUGAAGACCAUUGUGGGUGCCCUAAUCCAGUCAGUGAAGAAGCUGUCAGAUGUGAUGAUUCUGACAGUGUUCUGCCUGAGUGUUUUUGCCUUGAUUGGGCUGCAGCUGUUCAUGGGCAACCUGCGAAAUAAGUGUGUUGUGUGGCCCAUAAACUUCAACGAGAGCUAUCUGGAAAAUGGCACCAAAGGCUUUGAUUGGGAAGAGUAUAUCAACAAUAAAACAAAUUUUUACACAGUUCCUGGCAUGCUGGAACCUUUACUCUGUGGGAACAGUUCUGAUGCUGGGCAAUGCCCAGAGGGAUACCAGUGUAUGAAAGCAGGAAGGAACCCUAAUUAUGGUUACACAAGCUUUGACACUUUCAGCUGGGCCUUCUUGGCAUUGUUUCGCCUUAUGACCCAGGACUACUGGGAAAACUUGUAUCAGUUGACUUUACGAGCAGCUGGGAAAACGUACAUGAUCUUCUUCGUCUUGGUCAUCUUUGUGGGUUCUUUCUAUCUCGUGAACUUGAUCUUGGCUGUGGUGGCCAUGGCUUAUGAAGAGCAGAAUCAGGCAACCCUGGAGGAGGCAGAGCAAAAAGAGGCUGAAUUCAAAGCAAUGUUGGAGCAACUUAAGAAGCAACAGGAAGAGGCACAGGCUGCUGCAAUGGCCACCUCCGCAGGCACUGUCUCAGAAGAUGCCAUCGAGGAAGAAGGUGAAGAAGGGGCAGGCUCUCCUCGCAGCUCCUCUGAAAUAUCUAAACUCAGUUCCAAGAGUGCCAAAGAAAGACGUAACAGGAGAAAGAAGAGGAAGCAGAAGGAACUCUCUGAAGGAGAGGAAAAAGGGGAUCCUGAGAAGGUGUUUAAGUCGGAGUCAGAAGAUGGUAUGAGGAGGAAGGGCUUUCGGCUGCCAGACAACAGAAUUGGGAGGAAAUUUUCCAUCAUGAAUCAGUCACUGCUCAGCAUCCCGGGCUCCCCCUUCCUCUCCCGGCACAACAGCAAAAGCAGCAUCUUCAGCUUCAGGGGGCCCGGGCGGUUCCGCGACCCGGGCUCGGAGAACGAGUUCGCGGACGACGAGCACAGCACGGUGGAGGAGAGCGAGGGCCGCCGGGACUCGCUCUUCAUCCCGAUCCGGGCCCGCGAGCGCCGCAGCAGCUACAGCGGCUACAGCGGCUACAGCCAGGCCAGCCGCUCGUCGCGCAUCUUCCCCAGCCUGCGGCGCAGCGUCAAGCGCAACAGCACGGUUGACUGCAACGGCGUGGUGUCCCUCAUCGGCGGCCCGGGCUCCCACAUCGGCGGGCGGCUCCUGCCAGAGGCUACAACUGAGGUGGAAAUUAAGAAGAAAGGCCCUGGAUCUCUCUUAGUUUCCAUGGACCAACUGGCCUCCUAUGGGCGGAAGGACAGAAUCAACAGUAUAUUGAGUGUUGUUACAAAUACACUAGUUGAAGAGCUGGAAGAGUCUCAGAGAAAGUGCCCGCCAUGCUGGUAUAAAUUUGCCAAUACUUUCCUCAUCUGGGAGUGUCACCCCUACUGGAUAAAACUGAAAGAGAUUGUGAACUUGAUCGUUAUGGACCCUUUUGUGGACUUGGCCAUCACCAUCUGCAUUGUCCUCAAUACCCUGUUUAUGGCCAUGGAGCACCAUCCCAUGACACCACAAUUUGAACACGUCUUGGCUGUAGGAAAUCUGGUUUUCACUGGAAUUUUCACAGCGGAAAUGUUCCUGAAGCUCAUAGCCAUGGAUCCCUACUAUUAUUUCCAAGAAGGUUGGAACAUUUUUGACGGAUUUAUUGUCUCCCUCAGUUUAAUGGAACUGGGUCUAGCAGACGUGGAGGGGCUUUCGGUGCUGCGAUCUUUCCGAUUGCUCCGAGUCUUCAAAUUGGCCAAAUCCUGGCCCACCCUGAACAUGCUGAUCAAGAUUAUUGGAAAUUCAGUGGGUGCCCUGGGCAACCUGACCCUGGUGCUGGCCAUUAUUGUCUUUAUCUUUGCCGUGGUAGGAAUGCAACUCUUUGGAAAGAGCUACAAAGAGUGUGUCUGCAAGAUCAACCAGGACUGUGAACUCCCUCGCUGGCACAUGAAUGACUUUUUCCAUUCCUUCCUCAUUGUCUUUCGAGUGCUGUGCGGGGAGUGGAUCGAGACCAUGUGGGACUGCAUGGAAGUGGCAGGCCAGGCCAUGUGCCUCAUUGUCUUCAUGAUGGUCAUGGUUAUUGGCAACUUGGUGGUGCUGAAUCUGUUUCUGGCCUUGCUUCUGAGCUCCUUCAGUGCAGACAACCUGGCAGCCACGGACGAUGAUGGAGAAAUGAACAACCUACAAAUCUCAGUCAUCCGAAUCAAGAAGGGGGUGGCUUGGGCCAAACUGAAAGUGCACGCCUUCAUGCAGGCCCACUUUAAGCAGCGUGAGGCCGAUGAAGUGAAGCCUCUGGACGAGCUAUAUGAAAAGAAGGCCAACUGCAUCGCCAACCACACUGGUGCAGACAUCCACCGGAAUGGUGACUUCCAGAAGAAUGGCAAUGGCACAACCAGUGGCAUUGGCAGCAGUGUGGAGAAGUAUAUCAUUGAUGAGGACCACAUGUCCUUCAUCAACAAUCCCAACUUGACUGUGCGGGUGCCCAUUGCUGUCGGAGAGUCUGAUUUUGAGAACCUCAACACAGAGGAUGUUAGCAGCGAGUCAGAUCCUGAAGGCAGCAAAGAUAAACUGGAUGAUACUAGCUCCUCUGAAGGAAGCACCAUCGAUAUCAAACCCGAAGUAGAAGAAGUCCCCGUGGAACAGCCAGAGGAAUACUUGGAUCCAGACGCCUGCUUCACAGAAGGUUGUGUCCAGCGAUUUAAGUGCUGCCAGGUCAACAUCGAAGAAGGGCUAGGCAAGUCCUGGUGGAUCCUGAGGAAGACCUGCUUCCUCAUCGUGGAGCACAAUUGGUUUGAGACCUUCAUCAUUUUCAUGAUUCUGCUCAGCAGUGGUGCCCUGGCCUUCGAGGACAUCUACAUCGAGCAGAGAAAGACCAUCCGUACCAUCCUGGAAUACGCUGACAAGGUCUUCACCUACAUCUUCAUCCUGGAGAUGUUGCUCAAGUGGACAGCCUACGGCUUCGUCAAGUUCUUCACCAACGCCUGGUGCUGGCUGGACUUCCUCAUUGUGGCUGUCUCUUUAGUCAGCCUUAUAGCUAAUGCCCUGGGCUACUCGGAACUAGGUGCCAUAAAGUCCCUUAGGACCCUAAGAGCUUUGAGACCCUUAAGAGCCUUAUCACGAUUUGAAGGGAUGAGGGUGGUGGUGAAUGCCUUGGUGGGCGCCAUCCCCUCCAUCAUGAAUGUGCUGCUGGUGUGUCUCAUCUUCUGGCUGAUUUUCAGCAUCAUGGGAGUUAACCUGUUUGCGGGAAAGUAUCACUACUGCUUUAAUGAGACUUCUGAAAUCCGAUUUGAUAUUGAAGAUGUCAACAAUAAAACUGAGUGUGAAAAGCUCAUGGAGGGGAACAACACAGAAAUCAGGUGGAAGAAUGUGAAGAUCAACUUUGACAACGUUGGGGCAGGCUACCUGGCUCUUCUUCAAGUGGCAACCUUCAAAGGCUGGAUGGACAUCAUGUAUGCAGCUGUAGAUUCCCGAAAGCCUGACGAGCAGCCUAAGUAUGAGGACAACAUCUACAUGUACAUCUACUUUGUCAUCUUCAUCAUCUUCGGCUCCUUCUUCACCCUGAACCUGUUCAUUGGCGUCAUCAUUGAUAACUUCAAUCAACAAAAGAAAAAGUUUGGAGGUCAGGACAUCUUCAUGACCGAAGAACAGAAGAAGUACUACAAUGCCAUGAAAAAGCUGGGCUCAAAGAAACCACAGAAACCCAUUCCCCGCCCCCUGAACAAAAUCCAAGGUAUCAUCUUUGAUUUUGUCACUCAACAAGCCUUUGAUAUCGUUAUCAUGAUGCUCAUCUGCCUUAACAUGGUGACAAUGAUGGUGGAGACAGAUACGCAGAGCAAGCAGAUGGAAAACAUUCUCUACUGGAUUAACCUGGUCUUCGUCAUCUUUUUCACCUGUGAGUGUGUGCUCAAAAUGUUUGCCUUGAGGCACUACUACUUCACCAUUGGCUGGAACAUCUUUGACUUCGUGGUAGUCAUCCUCUCCAUUGUGGGAAUGUUCCUGGCUGAUAUAAUUGAGAAAUACUUUGUUUCCCCAACCCUAUUCCGAGUCAUCCGAUUGGCCCGUAUUGGGCGCAUCUUGCGUCUGAUCAAAGGUGCCAAAGGGAUUCGUACCCUGCUCUUUGCCUUAAUGAUGUCCUUGCCUGCUCUGUUCAACAUUGGCCUUCUGCUCUUCCUGGUCAUGUUCAUCUUCUCCAUCUUUGGGAUGUCCAAUUUCGCCUAUGUGAAGCACGAGGCUGGCAUUGAUGACAUGUUCAACUUUGAGACCUUUGGCAACAGCAUGAUCUGCCUGUUUCAGAUCACAACCUCGGCUGGUUGGGAUGGCCUGCUGCUGCCCAUCCUAAACCGCCCCCCUGACUGCAGUCUGGAUAAGGAACACCCAGGGAGUGGCUUUAAGGGAGACUGCGGGAACCCCUCAGUGGGCAUCUUCUUCUUUGUAAGCUACAUCAUCAUCUCCUUCCUAAUCGUUGUGAACAUGUACAUCGCCAUCAUCUUGGAGAACUUCAGUGUAGCCACGGAGGAAAGUGCCGACCCUCUGAGCGAGGAUGACUUUGAGACCUUCUAUGAGAUCUGGGAGAAGUUUGACCCCGAUGCCACCCAGUUCAUCGAGUACUGUAAGCUGGCAGACUUUGCGGAUGCCUUGGAGCACCCUCUCCGAGUGCCCAAGCCCAACACCAUCGAGCUCAUUGCCAUGGACCUGCCCAUGGUCAGCGGAGACCGCAUCCACUGCUUGGACAUCCUUUUUGCCUUCACCAAGCGGGUGCUGGGAGAUAGCGGGGAGUUAGACAUCCUCCGGCAGCAGAUGGAGGAGCGGUUCGUGGCGUCCAAUCCUUCCAAAGUGUCUUACGAGCCAAUCACGACCACCCUGCGGCGCAAGCAGGAGGAGGUGUCGGCAGUGGUCCUGCAGCGCGCCUACCGGGGACAUCUAGCAAGGCGGGGCUUCAUUUGCAAAAAGACCACUUCCAAUAAGCUGGAGAACGGAGGCACGCACAGGGAGAAAAGAGAGAGCACCCCGUCUACAGCCUCCCUCCCGUCCUAUGACAGUGUAACUAAACCUGAGAAGGAGAAACAGCAACGGGCAGAGGAAGGAAGAAGGGAAAGGGCCAAAAGACAAAAGGAGGUCAGAGAAUCCAAGUGUUAGAGGAAAGCAAAAAUUAAAUAUUGUACAGAUGUAAAACUUGCAAGUGAAAGAUUGUUUACAAACUUCCUGAAUAUUAUCAAUGCAGAACAGCUGUGGAGACACUUUAACCUGAAGAUCUAUACCAAACGUAGUCUGCUUACCAUGUAACACGGUUGCAUCUUGAGCAGUGACCUGCCAAGGGCCAAGGACCCUGCUCCCUGGACUCACCAAUUUUCUAAUGCUUGGGCAGGUGGUUACUGCAUGUUCCACAUCAGUCAAUGCAACUUAGGACAAAACCAACAGGAUACAAAAACCAGAGGAGAGGCUGCCGGGACCAGCAUAUUUCCGUUGCAGCCAAAUGGAUUUUAUUUUUUCAUUUUGGUGAUUCUCAGAAGCAGAAAGCAUCACUUUAAAAGUCUGUUUGUUCAUGCAAACUAUAUUUGCAUUCUUACAUUAGUUAAGCUAAGCAGCAAAAAGAAAACACACACACACACACACACACACACACACACUCACAUCUAGCCCAUGUCAUUCAAUUGUCAGUUUCUUUGACAUAAACCGCAUCUUCUCCACAUGGGCUUCACGUGGUCUGGAGAUGGGUGGGGGAAACAAUCAGGUUUCUUCAGGCUGAGGAGGACUUGCUCAGGCCGAUUCCAAACAUUGUGCUCGUUCAAUGCGUAGAAAUGAUUUGCAUGAUGGCAUGCCGUGAUCAGAAGUCAUGCAUGAGAACCAUACACCACAGGACACUACUAAUCCUGUCCCCUGCACUGGGUCAGCCUUCGGACAGGACCCAGCCCUGCACCGUUCACUGUAUUUGGAGAAAAAAAUGGUAAGAGUUCCAUACCCGCUGCAAUUCCUUAUGAAUUCUUAGAAGUCUUUCAUACACCUUCUGGGUAGGGAAACAUAACCAACCAAUUGACCACCACCAACAACAACAAAAAAACAAACCCAGCCCAACAAGCAGAUGGAUCCGUUGUGUGUAUAUGUUUAACAGACAUCUCUAACAUACAGCCAUUGUUGCACAUUUUGAAAGAUGAACUACUUAAUGCUGCUCUGUGUCCCUUCCAUGGGGAAACUUUGAUCUCGAAUGGCUUGUAUUAAUAAUGUCACUGUAAAACCAAAUCCUAGGGCUAAAAACAAAAAAUCAAAAAAAAGUUCAUUUGUAUUGCAAUAUUUAUGAUGAUUGUUUAGCCUUCAUACUGGAGAACUGACACUUAUUUGGGGAGAGAUAAAAGUGCUGUUCAAAGUGGCACAUUAUCUCUAGGGGGCAAUUUGGGGAACUGAAAGCAAACUUUCAGUUGGUCAGGGGUUGGGGUGCUCACUUCAUUCAGUGUCCUGUCCUUCUGCACUGUGGCUUUCUCCGGGCUCGGGUCCCACUGGAGAGGGGUGCAGAUCUUCCCAGCGGGCCUCUCCCCUCUACAGAGGGGUUGUGGCGAGCUCACGCACUGCAUGAUUCCUCUUUGCCUCCAUCUCAUUUUUCCACCAAGCGGGGCUUCCCUUACCUACAGAGCUGGGUGAGGGCAGCAGCACUGGGAGCUGUGGCGGUGGUUUCUUUCGUGUGUUAGAGAAUAAAUAGUCACUGCUGGGCCCCCAGGUAGAGACGGAGCCGCCUCUGAACCAAGCCCACUUGGUUUCUUUAUUGCACUGAUUCUCAUGAGAAAGCGAUUUACUCUGAAUUCUUAACACGUCCCAGCUUCUGCCGGCACAGUUCCCUCUCAGCCAGUUGUGCUGCUUAGCGGCCUGCCCGUUGUCCUUGGAGGGUGGCUUUGUGGGGAGCACCGUGUCUUCCAUUCCAUCUCCCGCUCUAGGGAAGACCGUUUUUAGUCCAGGGGUUUCUCAUCAGAUGACUAGAGCUCAAAACCAAGAUGCUGCAGUUGAAUGUGUCAGGAAGUCUAUACAAGGAAUGAGGAGAGACUUGAGCAUGCAAACCAAAUCAAAACAAAUUCUUCCUGAACCAUAAAACCGAGGGGGACUAAAAGCACCCCAUAAUCAGAUACACCAACCUGCCUUGCAAUAGAAGCACUUUGGUGUAAUUGUACCAUCCACCUGACUAGCUUUGCGUAGAACAAACCACGGCAAGGCAGUAAACAGAGCUUUCUAUCUUGUCGGACCUUUAGAAACUCUGCCCAGCUCUCGUCAGCCUGCUUCUGCGGCCUCCUCCGUAGAACUUUUAUACUACACCUGACACCAGGUUGGAAAAGCAUUUCUCUCAGUGACCCUGCUAACUGCUAGGACGAAUGUAUAGUAACAUGUACAGGCUACAUCGUAAACAGCACAAAACAGAAGCUGACAAGUGUGGCUAUUCUUUUUAAGAGAAUUAUAAAUACUGUAAUAUAUCAUUUUAUUUUAUUGGCAUGCCUUUUUGUAAAUACAAAUUAUUAACUUAUUAAAUAGGAAAUGGCUUCUGGCUUAUGCCAUUGUCAUGUUUAUUUUUAUUUUUUAUACUUUUCUUUCUUCUUAGAACUUAGAUGCUGUUAGCCAAUGUACAUCCCCAAACCAGACAGACAGACAAAAAAUUUUUUAUUGCUAAUGGUCUUUUCCAAAACAACAAAAAAAUAUAUAUUUUUGUUCCAAUGUGCAAUAAAUUCUAACCACUUCUAUGCAAGAUUUGGCUAAACUUCAUAAUUGUUCUUAGGUCUUGAGAUGGGCAACAGAGCUAUAAGAUCCCGCUCGGUACCCCCCAAGUGCUCAUGCUAGUGAUGUCAUUAAGCUACUAGAGCAUAUUAAUGAGAUUUUUCUAAGAUCUGACCUUUUCCCUCCCACCCCCCGGACCCCCAACAGCUAUCUCCUCAGUAACACACACAUGGGCCUUGGUAUCUGACCCCCAUCAGCCAGCUUCAUAGGGAAGAAGCCACCCCCACUCUAUUUGAUGUUUCCAAUUUUUUUUUUUAACUUUUCCUACCUUCUUUUCCCCUCACCCACCAUCCCUCCACCCACUCGCUCGCUCACUCUCUCACUCACCCGCCCUGCUCCACACUUUGGUAGUAAAUGACACCAUCACCAGCAGUUUACACCCGCAGUUAACAGGCAUUGAACUGAAAGAGUCAGUGAGGACGUUUUUGUACGCCUUCACUGAGUGGGUAAGUGGCAAGGCUUUGCCAAAUAUUAACAAAGCCAACAGCAACCACAGUAUCACUGCACAUAUAUAUAUAGAGAUCUAUAAAUAUAAUAUAAAUAUUUAUUUUUUGUAGCCAGGUCCUUGGUGCAGUAUUUAUACUCCACAAUCCACCUUUAAAAAAAGGACAAAAAAGCAAAAAGACAUGUGUGAUGCUGUUAAUUUAAAAUGCAGAGCCAAAGCCACUGAGCGGCCGCUGACACGGUUGCUAGUUUGUGUGUGAAAAACACUUUCCCCUCUUCUUUCCUUAACCUCCUUGUUGCUUAGGCUGAGGAGACUCCAUAAUUUAAAGCAGAGGGUGAGAGCAGCAAAAACGUCCCGAGUCAACGUGACCUACUCCCACUCGCUCUAAAUGAGCCACUUUUGGCGCCAGAAGUUGACUGGGGAGAAAUUAACAGAAGUUCCCAGUCAGAGCCCCUGGAACGACAGUGCCCAAAGUUCUUUUCUUUUCCGCCGCAACCAAUGUAACCUUGUAAAAGACCACUAGUGAAGAUUAGUGUGUUAGUGAAUGCAUGGAGGCCAACACUGCUCUAAAUGAGACAUGAUUAAAAAAAAAAAAAAAAGUACAUCACUACUUUAAGCCAAAAGGAAACAAAAUAAAAAUGACCCUUUUUACUGUACAAGGGAAGCCUGUCUUGGUGUCCGUUUGUUGCUUGACUACCCCAAUUCUUGAGUCCUGGGAGGGGUCUGGGAAUCGGGACCUUAGCACAUUUGGGAAAAGGCGGGGAACAGAAGGGAGAGAGAUCAGGGUCUCUCGCAAAGUUCUGGCUGAGAAGUAGAGAUUGGAGAGCAAAGCAAGGUCCCGCCCACCACCACCUCCCCCCUACCCAGAUCCCCCCCACUCACCCAUUGCAUGUGGCGUUCUUCCCCCUCCCGGGCCAGUGCUUCCAGGCCCAUGAAACCCCUUCUUCACCAGUCCGCCUGGCGGAGCCCCCCGAGAUGACGUCAGCCAACCCAGCCGGGCUGGCUUCACUUCUGCCUUUUUCACCAGUAUGUUCAAACAAACAAACAAACUAUCCUAAUGCCCCAAAGCUCGGGCGAGCCCCAUGCCCAGCAGUCUCCACUCUCUAGCUAAUGCUGGGCCCUGCCCUCCAUCACCCCAACACAUACACCAGCAGACUACGGCUGGUCUCGUUCACCUUCGUGCAGGGGAGAGGGGCACCACUCCCCUCCCUCACCCUGCCCUGCUUUGGGGACAUCCCUCUCUAGGCCAUGUCUCCCCGUCCAGGAACACUCUCAGGAGGAUUAUGAAGUGCCCACUCUGGUCCGCUCCAGUAGCUCCACUCUGGAGAGAGAUGGCUGGUAGGUCAGUCCCCAUCCUCCUCCCCUCGGCCCCAGCCUCCAGGCCUGCUGUGGAGGUGAGUUGCCAUGGGUUAUGGCUUUGUGACUUGAGUCCUGGGCAUCUUCUGUAACGAUGCCUCUUUCUUUUCUCAGAUGUUGCCCAAAGUUUUGCAAAAAGCUUCGUUCAUUUUCAGGUACCCCCACCCCCUAAAGAAUCGGCUGCAACUAGCCAGCCAGGGGGGCAUCAGGAGAGAAGAGGAAAUCUGGGUCGGGAGGGGUCCAAGGUGUGCACAGGGUCUGUGCUGUGGCUCAGCUCUGUGCUUUCUUGGAUUCCCUUUCUGAGAUUACCAAGAUUUCCUCCACGAAAGUGCUCCUGAGGCACCCCCUGCCCCUGCUCCCCACUGCUGUUUGCUGUACAUAGAGGCUAAGUGGGGUGGGGUGGGCGGGUGUGCACGUGUGGUGUGUGUGUGUGUGAAGAAUGUAUAUAGGUAAAGGGGAGCGUGGUCCAGUGGUUCCAGAAAAGGGACAGAACUCCUGUGUUCCAUCCCCAGCUCAACCACUGGCUCGCUGUGUGGCCUUGGGCAAGUCACUUAACCUCUCUGUGCCUCAGUUUCCUCAUCUGUAAAAUGGGGAUAAUAAUACUGACCUACCUCACAGGGGUGUUGUGAGGCUUUAACUAAAUGUUUUGUAAAGUGUUUUGAGAUACAGAGGCAAAGGCACUAGGGAAGGGCAAAGUAUUAUUUGGACUUAAGGAAGAGGAAAUGGUACCAUAAAUGCUGCUAUUCUGAGAGCCAUUUUAAACUGCACUGCUCCAACCACCCCCGCUUCUCAUCACCAGGACAGCAGGUCGAGAAAAUGUCUUACCUUUCACUUGCUUCUGGGGUUUGUGAUUAUUCUAGACACUUAAUUUUUUUCCCUUGCUGUAUCUCCUCUUUCCCUCACCCCCUCGACUUGUUCCCUGUUCCGUUUACGCGGAAAUGGCAGAAAUGCUUGAGAAAUGGGAAUGCAUAAGUGGAUUGGAAGUUUAUAGUCUGAAAUUUCAAUUUUACUUUGUACUGUACAUCUUUUUACUUUAGAAUUUGCAAUAAAGGGUUACGUCAAUCUUGUUUUCA